CUCAAGGCCACCUGUGGGGAUAAUAUAGGCCGUAUUUUGUUGGCUAUUUACCUGUUAGAAACUCUACUACAGAAUCAUGUUUUGGUCAUCGAUUGCUUCCUAUUCUCGGAUCAAUGAUCUUUUAUCACGACCAAAUCUCACAAUUCAAGAACUUUUAGAUGACGAUGAUGUUUUACAAAAAUGUCGUGAAAAAGAUCCACGUUUAGUGAAUUUUUUAUCAAGAUCAGAUAAUUUAGAUCAUCUCAUAGAUUUAGUUAGUCGGACACCUUUAUCUGAUGGUUUCGAUCUAAAUUUGUAUAGACAUUCAAGUGUAGCAUGUGAAAUUUUAACCAAUGAUAUCAAUGAAAUAUUAGAUGGUCUAGUUGAAUUAACUCCAACAAUAGUGGAUUCAUCUUAUCAUACAUCACAAAAUGAAUUACAUCAUAACAAUAAUAAUGAUAAUAAUAAUUCAGUGAAAUUCAAUGGCACGACAGCAUCUUGCUCCUCCUCCUCCUCACCAUCAUCAAUGAAUGUUACUGCUGUUAGUUUAACCGAAAUAAAUACUGAUGAUAAUAAUAAUUAUCAUUCUCAAAAUUGUAGCAAUAUGCUUAUAGUUGAGAAUAAUUCUAACAUUGUAAAUAAUCAUUCAUCAGAAUUAUGCCAAAUCAAUGCCAAUCAUCAUCAUCAUCAUGUUGAUGAGCAUGGGAAUGAUGAUGAUGAUGAUGAUGCCAGUCAUCAUUCUCCGACUAAUCAUCGAUUAAACGAUUAUAAUGAUGAGGAUAAUCAUCAUCAUUUCAAUGAGAUCACUUCAUCGAGUUUAAAACUGUUCUCACCAAUAUCAUUGUCUACACCACAAUCAUCUUCUAGCCUAAACAGUAAGAAUGAUGCUGGUGAAGUGAAUUCAUUGUCAACAUCGUCAACAACACCGACCACACGUCGACGUUUGGAUAUGUUGAUAGACUUUUUUCAUCAUUCAAAUCAACCAGUGAAUCCAUUAUUGGCUUGUUUUGUUUCACGUUUGUUAAUACAUUUGACAUUACAUCGUGGUAGUGUUAUUAUCCCGUAUUUACGUUCAUCCAAAGAAUUUCUCAAUCAUUUAUUCUCAUCAUUAGAUUCAUGCUCUGUAGCUGAUCUGAUUAUACAAUUAUGUCAACAAGAAACCAAACAACAACAUAUUAUAUUUGAUUGGUUUAAAAGUGAUCGACUUAUUGAACGUCUUAUUGAAAAAUUUGAUCCAACUUUUUCGUUUGAAAUGCAUGAAUCAGCAGCUCAUUGUCUUAUUGAACUAAUCAAUGUUCUACGUAGUUAUCUAGUGAAUAAUGCUCCAAAUUUAGAAAGCAGUAGUGAUAUGUUAGUGGAUUCAACAACAACGAUAACAUCUAUAACUACUGAUAAUAGUAUAAGUAGUUUGCCUGGUUCACCAUUAAACAACAUUCAAUGUGUCAACAGUUCAUCAUUGACCAAUGAUGAUGCAAUAACAUAUAAAUCAGCGGAGAAUUUUUUAAAUAUUUUAGAAAGUGAAAACACCAUGUCACUAUUGUUUGAUCGUAUUCUACUUAAUGAAUACGUUGAACCAUCGGUUUUAAUCAAUUGUGUCAAUGUGUUUAUGGCUUUAAUUGGUAAAAGUAAACCUGAAUCCAGUUUUGUUGUUGGAGAAGAAGAGCCCGAAUUAAAUUGUGACGCAUUAAUUCAAUGUUUUAAUAAUAUCAAUAUUAAUUUAAAAUCCCUAUUACGUGAUACUACUAGUAAUGAUAAACCGUAUUUUCCUGCUGAUGACAACACUAUUGAAAAGAUCAAUCCACCGAUUACAUCAUCAUCAUCAUCAUCAUCAGCCAAUAGUAAUCAAAAUAACAACAAUAAUAACACAAUUAUUGACCGAUUACAUAUUAUGAAAUCAUCAGAAAAUUUAAUUAAAGCAACACUGCCACGUUUAAAUGCAUUACACAAUUUGUUAGAACGAUUUCAUCCACAAUAUUAUAAUGAAAUGCCAACCACACAUUGUACAUUGAAUCCACCACUUGGACGUUGUCGUUUAACUAUUGUACAAUUUAUUACAACACUUUUAUCUUUACCAAUUAUGAAUAGUGAAUUAUGCCGAAUUAUUAUCAAUGCAGGAUUUUUACAAACUUCAAUGAAAUUAUUUAGUUCAUAUCCAUAUAAUACAUUUUUACAUAAUUAUGUCACUGAUAUGAUCAAGUCAAUAUUUAAACAUUCCGGAUUAAUGAAUAACCAGAAUACUACUAAUAAUAAUAAUACUAAUAACUCUGUUGUUGCCUCCAAUCAACCGAACCAAUUAUCGACUAUUGUUGACAUAUCAUUGAAUCAUAACAACAGUCCAUCGACUGACUCGUCAUCAUCUGCAUGGACAACAUGUUCUACUACUACCAGUACAACAUCAACAGCACCGACGUCGACAUCGACACCGACAACAACUACUACGACUACUACUACUGUGACCAUUGAAACAAAUGAUCAUUUGAAUAUGAUAGAUUCCAAAAAUUCUUCACAACUAUUGAACACUAGCAUUGAUCAAUUGAAUUCACAUAAACAAAUUAUAACAACACAUGACAAUGAAUUGAGUAAACAAAUAUUGAUUAGUUUAAUUAAUGAACAUCAUUUAAUUGAUUGGUGUUUAGCCCUGUCACCUUUAUCAUCAACAUCAUCGAAUAAAAAUGAAACUACUGAUGACGAUUCAUCGAAUUGUGCAUCCAAAUUAACAAAUCCUCCCAUAAAAUUUGGUUAUUCAGGGCAUGUUUGGCAAAUCGGUAAUAUCAUUCUAUCAGCAAGCAAUGGUCCAUAUGGAGAAUUUUUAAAAUCACUUAUUCAAGAUUUACAUCCAAAAAUGCAAAAUCUAUGGUCAGAUUUUGUCAGUAAUCUGAAUACUGUUAACAGUGUACAAGUGACUGAGUUAUCUCAAUGUAUUAUUGAUGUGCUUGAUCAAUCAGAUAGUUCAUUUGUAUUGGCACCGCCAAUCAAAUCAAAUUCACCUAAAAUAUCACAUGCUGCAUGGGAAAUGUAUUUUGGUACAAAUCAAAACGAUGAUGAUGGUGAUGAUAAUGAUGGUGUUGUCAAUCAUGAUGAUGACGACGCUGAUGCAGAUGCUGAUGAUGUGAAUAUCCAUGCUACAAAUCAAAUCAGUUAUGAUUAUUUCAUGUCCACAACAAUAACAACAACAGAAACCAAUAAAACAACUAAUCAUAGCUGUAGUAGUAGUAGUUUACAACGUAAAACUAUUUUACAAAAUUUUCUUGAUUCAUGGUUAGAUCCAGAUGAAGAGUUCAACAACAACAACAGCAAUAAUAGUAUUAUCACUAAUGAUAAUGAAGAUGAUGAUGAUGAUGAUGAUGAUCACCUUGACACCACGAAUCAACAAUCUAUCAAUCAUGAUAAACAUGAUAAAUCAUCAUCAAUCAAAGUGAUUGAUGACUAUAUAAACACUGAAUUGUCUAUGUCAAAUUAUUAUAAAUGUUUAAAACAUGAAAAUGCUGUUAGUGAUAAGGAAUUACGAAAAUUGUUCUUAAGCCAAACUCCCAGUUUACAACAUUAUUUAAAUAGGGAUAGUGACGAUGACAAUGUCGUCGACAAUGACAAUGAUGUCGAUGUAGAUGGUGAUGAUGAUGAUGAGGUGGAGGAGGACGAGGAUGACGAAGAAGAAGAUUUAAAGUCACCGAUUCAAAUUAAACAACAACAUUCUAUGAAACAGACCACAUCUAUGCUUCAAUAUGAUUUGAAUAAAUUAACUGAUGUAUCUCAAACGAAUGAAUCAGCUGACAAGAUAAACAGUAAUGGUGAUGAGAAUUUAUCGAUCAGUUGUUCCACAACAUUCAUCAAAACAACAACUACUACUAGUAAUGCUGUUAGUAGUAUAGAUAGAAAUGGUAAAUUAGUCAAUGGCAAUGAAGAUUUGGAACAAAUCAGCGUCAAUACUUCUUCUUCUUCUUCGUCUUCUGCAUCACAAUCGGUUCUGUCAGUAAUCAAUACAAAUCUUCUUAAAAAGUAA